UCUACAGAACACGCACACAUAUAACGAGAAAAAGGUAUCCAAGAGCCCGAAGAGGUACACCUAAAAAUCCCUGCAGCACCGUAUGCAUGCCCAAAAACUGAACUGCACGUCCGUCCCACCGUUCGACUACAGUAGCAUCACCCCCUCCCUGUCCCACUCUUUACCAAAACGGAAGAUUGCCGACUACGGCAUAAUGCUGUCUGAAGUGCUGUCUGCACUGCAGUGA